CAAGCAUCCCAACAUAAUAAAUACCAAGAUCAACCCUCCACAUCCUCUGCACUAUUCCAAAAAAAAACUCUACCAAAGCAAACCAAACUAAACCACAGAAUGGCAAAUGUCAAGAAUGCCCCUCUCAUCAUCAUCCUUCUUCUUCUUCUUCCUCCCAUGCAAAUGGUGGCUAAAAUGAAUAAUGUUGUUUCUGCAAGAGGGCCAAUCUAUGCCCCUCCCAAUGUUCAGAGACUAACUGACCGUUUUACCCCUGCCUCUCAUAUUAACCACAGUUACAAUGUCUUGUACGGCGCUCAAAAUGUUCAGAUGAAAAACAAUGGCUCCACCGUUGAUCUCAUCUUGGACAAGUCUUCAGGAUGUGGGUUGGCCUCAAAAGAGAGGUAUUACUAUGGAUUCUUCAAUGCUGCUAUAAAGCUCCCAGCAGGAUUCACAUCUGGAGUUGUUGUGGCCUUUUAUAUGUCGAAUGAAGGGAUGUACCCACACAACCAUGACGAAAUAGACAUAGAACUGCUUGGGUACGACAAGAGGAGAGAUUGGGUUUUGCAAACCAAUCUUUAUGUCAAUGGCAGCGGCGCUCACACCGCCGCCGGCGGCGGCGGAGGCCGCGAAGAAAAAUUCUACCUUUGGUUUGACCCCACCGACUCUUUCCAUCACUAUUCCCUCCUCUGGAAUGCCCAUCACAUCUUGUUCCUAGUGGACAAUAUACCGGUGAGGGAGGUGAUUAACAAAAGGCAUGAUGCAGCAAUUAAUUAUAAUGUAUACCCGGCCAAGCCAAUGUCGGUGUACUUGACAAUCUGGGAUGGGUCCCAGUGGGCCACCCACGGUGGGAAGUACCCUGUCAAUUACCAGUAUGCCCCCUUCGUGGCGUCCAUGGGAAGGGCAGAACUGGAAGCCUGCGCCGCCCCACCACCAUCAUCAUCGUCAUGCAUGGAAGGAGAGGGAUUUGGGAAGCUGAGUGAGGAACAAAAGGGAGGAUUGGAUUGGGCGAGAGGAAAGCACAUGUUCUAUUCUUAUUGCCAUGAUACAACUCGGUACAAAAUCCCUUCGUCGUCCGUCAUACACAACAUAUCACCCUCUUCGGAUGAUUUGCUCACUGCCAUUCAAAAUUUGGCGUUGGAGAUGCGCACGAAUCGGCAAGAACAUCUCGCCUUAGCACAGCGUGUUGAUCAAGGCUUUGCCACCCUCCUGGACGCACGACAGCCUGCGACCCCCCACAACCGUGGCAUCUUGGGGAACACGCCAACUGGAGGUCGUCGACCUCCCCUUGUUCCGCCUGGCUUUCCCGGACACGACGAUAAUCACGAACCAGGUAUGCCGAAAGUUCGCUUUGAGGCACCCAAAUUUAAUGGCCAGGAUCCAGCCAGUUGGGUUUACAAAGUGCAGUCCUACUUUGAUUACUUUCGGACUCCCGAGGACCUCCGGUUACGACUGGUCGGGUUACUCUUCGAGAAUCCGGCUUCCGAUUGGUUUCUUUACCAGCAUAAUAAUAACCUUAUUACAUCUUGGAGGGGCUUUCUUGAGGCCGUGAAACAACGUUUUGAUCCGACACAUUAUGAGGAUUACAUGGGCCUCUUAUGCAAAUUACAACAACGUGCUUCGAUUCUGGAUUAUCAGACGGAGUUUGAGCGACUGUUGAAUAAGAUUACGGGGGUUCCGGAGGUCACGUUGAUCUCAAUUUUUACUGCCGGGUUAAAAGCACCGAUUCGCCGCGAGGUUCUUCUUCGACGACCUUAUACCCUGGGCCAGGCUUUUGCACUCGCCAGGGAGCUCGCCGCGAAUUACUCCGACACGAUUUCCGCCAUUACAACAUCCGUACGUCGACCAUGGCAAUCACCGACGGUGCCCACCAGCGCCAACCAACCUGCCAGACCCCAGGGUAGUCCUGCGGGACUCUCUGCCAGUGGGUCUACAGGAGUACGUUCCGCCGGUUCUUCUACAGCAUUGCCAAUCUGGAGAUUCAAUAAUGCUGAGCGGGAUGAGCGUACGGCCAAGGGAUUGUGUUGGACGUGUGAUGAAAAAUAUGUCCCAGGCCACAAGUGCCCCAACCGGUUCAUGGCCCUCAUCGGUGCGGAGGAGGCCGAACCGUCGCCAGCACCCGAGUUCGCCAUGGAUGAAGAAUUUUCAUUGAUUACAGGGGAUAUUUCCAGUGUUAAUAGUUUAAUCGGGUGCCCAAGCCCACGCGCUUUGAAACUACAGGGGACAGUGCAUGGCCAUUUGGUGCAUAUUCUGAUCGACGGGGGUAGUACCCAUAAUUUUAUCCGGCCGGCGAUUGUGGAGAAGUUACAGUUAUCUAUGCGCCCCACUCCUCCCUUCCGAGUGUAUGUCGCAUGGGCCGAACUUUCCCGCAAUACUACGUACCAUGAGGGUAUUCGCAUGUCGCCAUUCCAGGCAUUAUAUGGCCGAGAACCACCUUCUUUGAUCCCGUAUGCAACUGGCAGCAGCAAGGUGCAGCGCGUGGACGAGUUACUCACUGAACGGGAGGCCAUCCUCUCGGAAUUAAAGCGGAACCUAGCUGCCAUGCAGCAGCGAAUGGUCGCCCAGGCCAACAGCCACCGUCGUCACAUCGAAUUUCAAGUCGGCGACCAGGUUCUCUGGUUUUGUUCAUGGAGCUGUUAUGGUAUUGUUAAGAGGAAUGGGUUUCAACCAGCCACUUGGAAUGGCUUGUCUGUGGCUUGAAUCAGCUGAGAAGGAUUUUGGGCAGAACAAGACCGUUGUGUGGUUGGUUUGGGGCUGAGAUAGACUGUCU